UUUAGGUUCGUUAUUGACAAGUCCAGUGUCAUCAAGCUCUAGAGCGUAGAGUGAAAAUAAUAACAGCUGAUUAUUGUUUGAUUUCAAGAAUGUUGGAAUUUUGAGCAUGCCAGCAUGUCAUUUCUGAAGAAGUUUGGCCAAAGAAACAGAGAAAAAGCUUUCACAGAUCGUGCAAAUCGAGAACAGGAUCAAGAUUCUGUGCUUGCAGACGACGACGAUCGAGAUCCUUUUUCAGUGAACAUCACGGGUACUCUUGAUUUGACGAUACCUGAUGAUGAGUCGAACAACGCUACAACACCUACCUAUGAUACUCAGUCCCCACAUUUUCUGGCACUCAAUGUUGAUCCACCAGGAACAGUCCAUGUUGCAUUUGAAGUGACAUCUGCAGAGGUUAUUAAAGAUCAAAGAUCCAGCUAUGUUUUGUACACAAUCCUGGUAUCCAGCAGUUCUGGUGUGGAAAAGUUGCCAACCACAGUUGACCGUAGGUAUUCAGACUUUGAGAAACUCAACACAAACCUGAAAAAAAAGCACCCCCACAUUAUGGACGAUGUCUCUUUUCCUAGGAAGCUGUUAGUUGGUAAUUUUACCAGUGAAACCAUCGCACAUCGGAGCAGGGCAUUUGAACAAUAUCUGAGCCAUGUAUUUUCUGUAUAUGAGUUACGAUACUCAAAUGAAUUGGCAGCCUUCUUCUACCUUAAUGAUGCAAAAGAAGGAUACUCACUGUUAUGCAGUGAACAAUACCUGGAAGCAAUUUCUCUGUUUGAGAAAUGUCUGCCUGUGUGUGAAAAACUGUAUGGUGGUGGUCAUUUAAGAGUUGUCUCCCUUCUGCAUGCCUUGGUCGUGUGUUACCAUGCAAUAGAGAAAUUGAACAAGGCUCAGAAGUAUGCAGAGGUUGCACUUAGGAGCACCAGCGACCCAGUGGUGGAUGAACCCAGUAUUGCCCUCAUCAAACUGUCCAUUCGCCUGUGCUGGUCUCUGGGCAAGGACAAGCAGGACCUGGAGAAGAGGCUGCAGGAUUUAAAGGCCAGGAAGAUCAAUGUGGAUAAUGUGCCUGAUCUGAAGGAUAUUGUCAAACUGAAGACACUGAUCUGAUUGUGGAUGCUAUGUAAUGAUUCAGUGUAUAACAAAAUUUGAGUAUUGAUAUUUAUGUUAAAUUAUUAAAGAAUUCAAACAACUAUUUUUAUUUAAAAUGCCAACAGUUUCUCCAUUUCAUUCCAUAUGUAUUUGGUAUGAGUGCUGAAAUAUGGCAUGUCUAAAUGUAAGUGAAGUUUGACAUUGAGCAUGUUUUCUAUAUAUAUCUAGCCACAAGAAGUUAUUAUAUGCAUGAUCUGACAAAAUGUAAUCUUUGUGAUCUCAAAGCAAUGAAGUGGUGGUACACGUAUGACAAGUGUCUUUUGUGUAAAUAUUACUUUGUAUUUUAGUAGAAAAGUACUUGUAGUAACAUGAAAUGAUGUCUGACAGCACUUGUACAUUCUGUGAUAUAAGCAAAUUUGUAAAACCGAUACAUUGUUGUAUAUUUACUAUAGUAUCAUGUAUAUCAGACACCGUUGUUGCAUCUGUGUGCAUCCUCUUACUCCAAUAUGCUGUAAUUUAACCAGGAACAUGCACAGAGAGAUCAGUUUGAAAUUUUAGGCAUUUAGAUAAAUAAUCUGUAAGUCUGAUGAUGUCUAUUUGUGGUUAUUUGACUAAGCCUAGCUGGAAUGAUGAAUUAGGAUACCAACAUACAUCAAUUGGUGGUCACACUGAUGAGACUUUCUAAACUAAAUGGUGUGUGCCUCUCUAUAUAUAUACACAGGUUCUACUACACUAAAUCAGUUUCACUUGCUUGCUGAGCCAGUGUAUUGUGUGAACAUCAGGCCAGAUAGAGACAUGUGACAGCUGUGAUUGGAUGAAAUAGUGUAAGAUGUUUUUGUUUUUUAAAAGCACACCCAUCCAGUAAUCAAAAAUGACCACAAUUUUAAGUAUGUAAUGCAGUCAUGUUUGUAACCAUGACUUAUGCUUAAUGUGUAUACAGAUAUGUAGUAGGUGACAUUUGGUGUGGAACUGGUGUUGAUGUGUUCAGCUUCCUGUGCUUGGAAAAUAGACAUGAUAAGUUAGCCGGAAUUUGUGUUUUUAUUGUAGUUAAAGGCCAGACUGUACCAAUCUGUACAUGGAAUGGCUGUUGACAGCCUGGGUGAUUUAAAAAAUAUAUAAUGUUACUAAGAAGUCUAUGGGAAAACAUUUGGUUUUGUCUAAACUGUAUGUGAAUUCAAGGGUUACAGAGUUAUUUCCCUUUGACCAUGGUUGCAGAUUGCCCUCAGAAGACCCCUGCACCAUCAGGUUAUGUUGUGAAACCCCUGAUUAUAUGAAACCAUUUGUUAUGGAAGUUGCCAUGUAAAUUAGGCUUGUGUCGAGACAUGAGACUUUUGUAGCAUGUAAUAUCAGUCUGACCAGUUGUAAAUAUUUGUCGGGGCUGUGGGGUAGCCUAAUGGGUAAAGCGUUGGCUCGUCACGCCAAAGACCCGGGUUCGAAUCCCCACAUGGGUACAAUGUGUGAAGCCCAUUUCUGUUGU